UGUGUUAUUUUAUUUAUUAAUUGUUACAAGUCAAUUAUGAUUACCUGUGAAUGGUGUAAACAAAUGAUUAGUUGAUUGUGUUUAAUUUCUUUUUUUGCUUUAUCAUUUUUUAGUUAUUCUCUUUUUCUCUUGAAUGUUUUAUAAAUGGAAACAUUUUUCACUCUCAACAUCAACACAUGAGAAUUUUUCUUCAUUGAGAAAAUUAGUGUUUCUUUUAUAAUCUCUGUUUUGUGUUACUAAUUAUUUUAAUUGUUUCUCUGUUUAAACAUCAAAUACCAAUAACAAUCAUCUAUAUUCUACUUUAAGACUAUUGAUAAUCAAUUUGGAAAUAAUUACCUGGUUUCAUGGUCUUUUCAUAGUUGUACAGUCAAAUUUGUUUACUUGGGAUUAAUUUUCCAACAAAAAAAAUUCUAUUCUUUUCUCCGGUGUCUCUUGUAAUCUUUGGAGAAGAAAAAUUCUUUCUGGAUCAUUGAAAAGCAUCUGUUUCAUAUUCUUUUCUUCGAUUAUUGUCUCAAUUUGUUUCAUUUUCUGAGUUAAUUAAGGGUUUUGUCUCUCCAACUCAUUUUGUAUCAUCAAAAUCAUCAUUGUCAUUUUCCAUCAGCAACAUUUUAUCACCAACACCUUCUCAUCCUUGUUCAUUCAUUGUUGAUAUUUUUUUAUUAUUCUCUUCUCGUUUUUACUGUUAUCUCAUCAUCUCAUAUACACACAAUCACCAUGUACGCUAAAAUCAAUAAUCUAAAAGUCAUCUUUCUAGUGGCAUGUUCCAUAGGUGUUUUUAUUGGUCUUUGGAAGACACUUUUCUUCCUAAUGGCUCUUUACAUUAUCAGCGGUGGUCGGAAUUUUCUUAAAAUCAUCAUCAACACCGCUUCUCGUGAUUUGAAAAGUCUUUACCGUUUAAUUAAGACCAAAGUUGCUCUUUACCUGAUUAAGAAAAACAAUUCCACGAUACCUCAAUUGUUCCUACAAACGGUUAAAAGACAUCCUAAUCGACCUGCAAUCCUGUUUGAAGAUCAAGUGUGGACCUUCAAAGAUCUUGACAAUUAUUCAAAUAAAGUGGCCAACACUUUCCUUGAUUUAGGUUAUCAACCAGGUCAAGAGGUUGCCCUUUUCAUGGAUUCACGUCCAGAAUUCAUAGCCCUUUGGUUGGGAUUAUCUAAAGCAGGAAUAAUUACCGCUCUGAUUAAUGCCAAUCUCCGUCUGGACACCUUAGUCCAUUCCAUUACUGUUGUCAAAUGUAGAGCUGUCAUUUUUACACCUGAACUCUCAAAAGCAAUCGAAGAAAUCGCACCAACCUUGGAUAAGAAUCGAGAGGGAAUGCAAUACCUAUGCCUAGGAAAAUUUGAUUCCAAAAUUAUCUCAGCGAAACCUUUACAUAAUCUAAUAGAAGAAAGUUCACUUUCACUUCCAUCAACUGUUUGGAAAGGAAAUUUCAAUGAUCGUUUAUUUUACAUUUAUACCUCUGGAACAACUGGAUUACCCAAAGCUGCUAUAAUCAAACAUAUUCGUUACUAUUGGAUGGGAGCUGCUCUACGAAAUCUAAUUGGAUUCCGUCCAAAUGAAGUUAUUUACAAUUGUCUUCCGCUUUAUCACUUAGCUGGUGGCUCCUUAGGAACCUGUCAAUGUUUAAUUUUUGGCGAUACCAUUGCCCUUAGAGCUAAAUUUUCAGCCUCUAAGUUUUGGACUGAUUGUAUAAAAUACAAAUGCACGGCUGCACAAUAUAUUGGUGAAAUUUGUCGAUAUCUUCUUGCCCAAAAUCCAAAGCCAACUGAUUCUCAGCACAAUGUAACUCUUAUGUUUGGUAAUGGAUUAAGACCCAAAAUUUGGUCACAAUUUGCUAAACGAUUUAAUGUCAAUCGAAUCGGUGAAUUUUAUGGUUCUACCGAAGGAAAUGCCAACGUCAUCAAUGUCGAUAAUCAGGAAGGUUCCUGUGGAUUCAUCUCACGAAUAUUACCUGGAAUUUAUCCUGUGGCCCUGAUUAAAAUCGAUGAGAGUACAAAUGAACCUGUAAGAGAUGCCAAUGGUUUAUGUGUCCUUUGUCAAGGUGGUGAAUGUGGUGAAUUUGUUGGAAAAAUAAUAGAAUCUGAUCCCUCCAGGGCAUUUGAUGGUUACGUUGAUUCUGAAGCAUCAAAAAAGAAAAUAGUUCAUGAUGUUUUCCGUAAAGGAGAUUCAGCCUUUCUCUCUGGUGAUCUUCUUUAUAUGGAUAUCAAUGGUUAUUUAUACUUUAAAGAUCGUACCGGUGACACUUUCCGUUGGAAGGGUGAAAAUGUAUCUACUUCAGAGGUGGAAUCUGUUAUAUCAAAUAUAUUAGAGUUAACUGAUUGUGUUGUCUAUGGUGUUGAUAUUCCCGGUUGUGAAGGUAAAGCUGGAAUGGUUGUUAUCCAUGGUAACGAUAAUCAACUUGAUCUUGAUGAUACCCUACAUAAGAUGCACAAAGUUUUACCCUCUUUCUCAAUUCCCGUGAUGGUCAGAAUCGCCUCUCAAAUGGAAACCACGGGAACUCACAAAUUGACCAAAACAAAAUUUUCCAAAGAAGGUUAUAAUCCUCAGAUUGUUAAAGAUCCACUUUACGUUCUGGAUUCAUCUCAAGAUAAAUACAUUCGUAUAGAUGAAAAUGUUUACAAUGACAUAUUAACAUCUAAAUUGAGACUUUAAUCAUCAUCAUCAUCAUCAUCAUUAUCAUCGUCAUUAUCCCAAUCACCAAAAAGCAACAACAACAACAACAAUUUAGCCUUAAAACCCUUGAAAACGCUUGAAGAAAGUUAAAUGAUGAAAUGGAUGUUUAUACCAAGGAAACUUUUAUAUUUAAGGAACAACGAACAAGCCCCGGAAAAGCCUAAUCAUUCAAGAAUAAUAAUCAAUUGUUAUUAAUAGAGGAAAAGAAUUUAUGGAAAAUUAUUCAUUAAGAAAGAAAAACAUUUUUUAUAUUAUCUUUAAUUGUAAAAAUGAAACAAUUGAUUGUCUCUUCUCCCUUUCUCUUUGUCAUACAAAGAUGAGACAAUCAAAAGAUGAAAAUUAUAUAAGAUUGUUGAUUUAACUCAUUUAAUUGUGUACACAAAGCACCUUAGGUGUUUUGAUUACAGCUGAUAUAUAUCGAGCUAUGCUUCCCAUCAUCAUCACCAUCAUCACCAUCUUCAUCUUCAUCUUCAUCUUCAUCUUCAUCUUCAUCUUCAUCUCCAUCAAAGAUUAUAAUCAAUCAAUCAAUUUUCAUCUUCUAUUCACAUGGGAAAACAAAUAAACAUGAUGACCAAGUCCACGAGUUUCUUUCUCUGUCUUUUUCUUUUGUCUGUGAUAGUUUAAGAUUAAUCAUUUUGAACCAACUAAUUUGAUGAUUAACGAAUUUUUUAAUGUAAUUAACGAAGAAAAUUUCAAAAGAAUCAAGAGACUGGACAUUGGACAUUUCGAAAAUGUGGUUCAUGAUGAGAACCUUUCAUUUCUAUGGUAAAACAAUCUCAUCACCGGAAUUUCAUCAUUUUUCAAAUUUCCAUCUAAUCAUCAAACUGUUGUUUCAGAUCAUCGUUAAUCACUAAUAUUUUGUUACAAUUAACCAACAAUCAAAUACGCAUCAGACUCAUUAGUGAUUCAUUACCAGAUUAUAACCCUUUUCAUUUCAAUUUGUUUUUCUGAUGCAAUUUUAUCAACUUUUUUUUUCAAUCCAUUGGUGAAUGUAUCAUCAUAAUCAAAGACAUUAUCAUAAUUUGAUUGUCAUCAUUAUCAACAAUUAACCCGCGUGGUCCAUGUUCCUGGAAUAAGCAGCAACAACAAUUAACAAUCAAAGAGAAAUUUGAAUAUUUAUUUACCAAUGAAAUUUACAAUUAACACUUUUGUUUUUGUCUCAA